AUUUUGUAAGUUAACUACAAUAUAUUUCUAAUUAUAGUAAUAAAUAAACAAAAUGGCCAAACCACCCCCUCGUAGUAUUAUAACAAUGAUAAUUACGAACUUUGUAAACUCUUUAAAACCCAAGAAAACUUCGGGAAAUUUCAAAGGAAUUGAUUAUAUGGGUAAUAAUUAUUAUGAAAUACCUGCAGACCCUUCGAUUGGUAAAAGACAAGAUAAAAGAUGGUUUGUUCCACAAAACAGUGAAAAUUUUGAGGAUGUCCCCCCUGAAUGGGAUUCUUGGUUAAGAGGAAGGCGAAAAGAACCUCCAACAGAAGAAGAAAUCAUGAAAAAUUUGGCUAUUAUUGAAAUAAAAAGAAAGAAUGCAAUUGAAGUAGAAAAGAAAGCCGGAAAACCUAGCCAAAUGAUAACUGGUUAUGAGAGCUUUCCUAAACGUCCUGAAUAUGAAAUAUUUCCUGGAGAACACAGUGAUAAGGGUUCCACUAAAUGAUCAUAUUAAAAUAGUUACUAUUGUAAAUAGAUAAUACAUAUAGAAAUAGUAAAAUCUAUAGCAUAAAGAA